UGGGGGGUUGUUCGGUGGUUCGUGGAUCUGCUGUGCUGUUGUUCUUGGUUUCUGUUUGUUCUUCUCGCGGAGGUCGCUCUUGUGUUUGCUGUUGAUGAAGAGCGGCGUAACGUGACGGAUAGCUUCGCGGACAUCAUCGAUCGAGCGCUGCAGAAGGAGUUUCCUGAAAGCGAGCAGAAUGAGACUGAGUCGGGGAACUUCAACAGCAGUGUUGCUGAGAAUCAGGCUGUUCUUGAGACCGUUGCUCGAGUUACAACAAAGAAAAAUGAGACCAAAGAAGAUAAGUCAUUCCAACUCCAUGAUGUGUUCAAUUUGGAUAAUGAGAAUAGGGCAGAUGACAUGCCCACCCUAAUAGAUCGCAAGGAUAAUGUCUUUAUUAUAUCAAACCCAAAGUCAAAAUAUCCUAUGCUGCAGUUGGACCUGAGGUUGAUAUCUGAUCUUGUAGUGGUGAUUGUCUCUGCAACCUGCGGUGGCAUUGCCUUUGCCUGUGCAGGACAACCUGUGAUUACUGGUUAUUUGCUAGCAGGUUCUAUUAUUGGACCUGGAGGUUUUAGCUUUGUCAGUGAGAUGGUUCAAGUUGAGACCGUGGCUCAGUUUGGGGUUAUAUUUCUUCUUUUUGCACUGGGAUUGGAGUUCUCUACAACGAAGCUCCGCGUUGUUCGUGCAGUUGCUGUUCUUGGUGGACUACUACAAAUUUUUCUGUUCAUGUGCUUGUGUGGUAUAACUGCUUCGUUAUGUGGGGGCAAGCCUUCAGAAGGAGUAUUUGUUGGGGCAUUUUUGUCAAUGUCAUCAACUGCUGUGGUUUUGAAGUUUCUAAUGGAGAAAAACUGUAUCAAUUCUCUUCAUGGCCAGGUUACGGUCGGCACACUGAUUCUUCAGGAUUGUGCUGUUGGCUUGCUUUUUGCUCUACUUCCAGUUUUGGGCGGUACUUCAGGUGUAUUUCAAGGAGUAAUAUCAAUGUCGAAGUCGUUGAUUGUGUUGUGUACUUUCUUGGCUAUCCUUUCAAUACUAUGCCGAACUUGUGUGCCUUGGUUUCUUAAGCUGAUGAUCAGCCUUUCAUCUCAGACCAAUGAACUCUAUCAGUUGGCGGCAGUUGCAUUUUGCUUACUUGUUGCAUGGUGUAGUGACAAAUUGGGCUUAAGCCUUGAACUGGGAUCAUUUGCUGCAGGAGUAAUGAUAUCAACCACUGAUCUCGCACAGCACACCCUAGAACAAAUUGAACCCAUUCGGAAUUUUUUUGCCGCCCUCUUUCUUGCCAGCAUAGGGAUGCUGAUUCACAUCCAUUUUCUCUGGAACCAUGUUGAUAUAUUGCUUGCUGCUGUAAUUUUGGUGAUCAUUAUAAAGACAAUAGUCCUUACCGCUGUUGUCAAAGGAUUUGGCUACACAAACAAGACUUCCAUUCUUGUUGGUAUGUCUCUGGCCCAGAUUGGGGAGUUUGCUUUUGUCCUUUUGAGCCGGGCUUCAAAUCUUCAUCUUGUUCAGGGCAAACUGUACCUUCUAUUGCUGGGGACAACCGCUCUGAGUUUGGUGACCACUCCAUUGCUCUUUAAGUUGAUUCCGGCAGUAAUUCAUCUUGGAGUUCUGUUGCGGUGGUUCUCACCUGAUAAUGGAAAUGAGAUCAGUUUUAAGACUGAUAUCCUUCGGUCAGACAGCACAAAGCGCAUUACAUUGCUGGUACAAGGGUCUCAUGAUUCAUGAAAAUAUUUGACAAGUGUACAUGAACCAGUGUCGAAUAGUGAGUUUUUGCUGAUGCCUUAUUCAUAUUAUGGGAGGCCGGUAUACAAGCAAGAAAAAAUCGAGGUUUGACUGCUGACAUCCUUAAAGUGGAGAGAAGCCUUUGCUUUCUUCAUCUUCAUGCCUUUCGGGUUGGUGACCUAAUCAUGUUCAAAGAGAGAUGAUAUCCAAAGCUAGUAGUAUCAACUCUGGUCUGGCCAUCAUCCUUCCAUGCAAUCCAUAGUGCCGGUUUUACUCAUUGGAUUUUCAGCCUUCUGUUUUGUUUUCCUUACAGAUUGUUUAUAGUUGGAACACACUCCAUAGUAAUUGAACAAAAUUGUAGAGCAUAUGCCAAUUUGUUUGUUCUUUUAAAUGAUCUAUCAAUUGCACAAAAUUUGAUAGAAAGGUCCCAUUAUGAGCUUGUUCUCUUUCA